CGGAUCCGCCCCUCCCGGCCCGAAUAAAGCGCUGAUCUCAUGCCCCGCGCGGCCCCACAGCUUUGGGAUCGGCUCCGGCUUUUGGGAUCAGCUUUAGGAUCGGCCCCGGAGCUCCGGGAUCAGCCCCGCCUUUUGGGAUCGGCUUUAGGAUCCACACCUCCCCCGGUUUUAGGAUCGGCCCCAGGUCCCCGCGGCCAUGACGCCGUACCGGCAGGAGCUGGAGAAGUACCGCGACAUCGACGAGGACAAAAUCCUGCAGGAGCUGUCCCCGGAGGAGCUGGCCCAGCUGGACGCCGAGCUGGCCGAGAUGGACCCCGAGAACGUGCUGCUGCCAGCGGGGCUGCGACAGCGGGACCAGACCCAGAAGAGCCCCACGGGACCCCUGGACAGGGACGCGCUGCUGCAGCACCUGGAGAGGCAGGCGCUGGAGACCGAGGAGCGCCAGGACCUCGUGCCCUUCACCGGGGAGAAAAAAGGGAAGCCGUUUGUCCCCAAGAGCGCGGCGCCGGAGCUGCCACGGGAGGAGCAGGUGACGCUGGAGCCGGAGCUGGAGGAGGCGCUGGCCAACGCCACCGAGGCUGAGAUGUGUGACAUCGCUGCCAUCCUGGGCAUGUACACGCUGAUGAGUAACAAGCAGUACUACGAUGCCAUCUGCAGCGGGAACAUCUCCAACACCGAGGGCAUCAACAGUGUGGUGCAGCCGGACCGGUACCGGCCGGUGCCGGACGAGCCCCCGAACCCCACGGACGUGGCCGAGACGCUGCAGCGGCUGCAGGACAACGACCCCGCGCUGCAGGACGUCAACCUCAACAACAUCAAGGUGACGCCGCGCUGGCACUGUCCCCAACGCGUCCCCAAGGCACGCCAGCGGGGCGGGUCCCACCCUGGGGUGUCCCCAGAGGGGUGGCUUCUGUCCCCAGGGUGUCCCCAAGGUGACAGGUGCCACCCCAGCUACUUGGUGACUUGGUGUCCCCAACUGUCCCCAGGGCAUCCCUGUCCCCACAGCCCUUGGGGACAUCCUGAGCUCCUCGGUGUCCCCAACUGUCCCCAACUGUCCCCAGGACAUCCCUGUCCCCACGCUCGAGGCCAUCUGCGAGGCCAUCAAGACCAACACCCACGUGCGCAGCCUCAGCCUGGUGGCCACGCGCAGCAACGACCUCGUGGCCAACGCGGUGGCCGAGAUGCUGGAGCAGAACCAGAGCCUGCAGAGCCUCAACCUCGAGUCCAACUUCAUCACCAGCGCGGGGAUGCUGCGGCUGCUGGCGGCCAUCGGGCACUGCCGGACACUGCGGGAGCUGCGCGUGGACAACCAGCCCUGCAGUGCCAGCGCCUCGGGGACACGGUGGAGAUGGCCAUGGCUGCCCGUCCCUGCUGGGGGGACGUGACAGUGACGGUGACAGUGACAAUGUCCCCCGUGCAGUGCCAGCGCCUCGGGGACACGGUGGAGAUGGCCAUGGCUGCCACCCUGGAGCAGUGCCCGUCCCUGCUGCGUUUUGGUUACACCUUCACCCUGCAGGGCCCGCGGGCGCGCGCCGCCGCCGCCCUCACCCGCAACAACGAGCUCCGUCGCCAACAGAAGAAAUCCUAAAAAAAUCCCCUCGGGGUUCCCACCCCGAGCUCAGGAACCGCUGGGAAUGAACUGGGAAUAAACUGGGAAUGAACUGGAAAAAAAAAAAUGGUGGAAAAAACCCAGGGAUUUGGGGUUUUGGGGGUGGCCGUGACCCCAAACGUGUCCCCCCCACUCUGGAUCUGUGGGGUCACCCUGGGCUCCCGUGGGAAAUCCCAAAUCCCCCGAAUUUGGGGUUCCUGAGGGGUUUCUAGAAAGAUCCUAAAAAAUUUAGGGGGGAAAAUUGAAAAAAAUCCCACUGGGAAUGGGGAAAAAGAGGGGGACAAGGACCCCCCCCUCAAAUCCCUUCCUUGGGAUACCUCUCCAAAAAAAAAAACAAACCAAAAAAAACCCAAAAAAAUCCCAAGAAAACCCCCCAAGAAAUCAAAAAGAA